AUGACAGGUAGAUAUCCAGUUAUUUGUAAAUAUUUUAAAUCAGGUACAUGCAAAUUAGGAGAUUCAUGCAGGUUUUCACAUUCAUAUGGUAGUGGGUCAACUCCAUCAACCACUAUAGCAUAUACAGCAAAAACACCUUCCUCUUCAAAUAAUAAUAAUAACAACAAUAAUAAUAAUAAUAAUAACAAUAAUAAUAAUAAUGAAAACAACUCUACAAUAAAUAAUACCAAUAUACAAACUGAAAAGAAUAAAACUGCUCCAACUUCACCAAUUUUAAAUAGUACAAAUAACAAUAACAAUAAUACUAAUGGGUCUAAUAAUAAUAAUACUUCUACAAACGUUUUAAAUAAUUCUUCAUCUUUUGUGAAUAAUUCAGGGAAUAAUAAUAAUAAUAAUAACAAUAAUAAUAAUAAUAUUAAUAUUAAUAAUAUUAAUAAUAAUAAUAAUAUUAAUAAUAAUAAUAAUAAUAAUAAUAAUAAUAAUAAUAAUUUAGUUUCACCAGUUUUAAAUAGUAGUAAUAGUAAUGUUAAUAAUAGUAAUGGAAAUACGAACAAUAAUAAUAAUAAUAAUUUUUUAAAUAUAAGUAACUUAUCAUUAUCUGAAGAUUCAGAAGAAUUUAUAUCAUAUAGUUGUAGAGUUAAUCCAAGUAGGAUGGCUGGAAGAAGACCAUUCUUACAAAUGGUGGUAUUGUAUGCCGCUGAUCCAAGAGUGAUGAGAUUUGCAAAGGAAGUACAAAACCAAUUCCUUGAGAAAGGUAUUGAUGUAUUUUUAAAGACUGAAGAAAAUAAUAAUCAAAGUAUUAAAACUGAAAAUUUAGCAGAGAUUAUAACUGGUUCCAAAGCUGAUUGUUUAAUUGUACUUGGUGAUAGAAAUUUAAAAAAUAGAUCUUGUCAAGCUAAAAGAAGGGGUAAAUUAGUUGAAAUGGAUAUUGAUGAUGUUAUUACAUGUAUUUGGAAUGAAUGGAGUAUGUUAUUACCAAAAGAAGAUGAAGAAUUAACCGAUGAACAGGCAUUUAAUUUAUUAGAAAAACAUUGCAAAUUAAGACAUGUUAAGGAUAGACUACAAAAGGCAAAAUCAAGUAUAAGUGAAUUUAAAGAUUUAAAAAUAGCAGCAAAGAAUAGUAUUAGUAAUAAUAGUAGUAGUAAUAAUAUUUUAUCAGAUAAUAGUAGUGGUUCAUUAUUUUUAGAUGAAAAGAUAGCAUCAAAAUUAACAAGUGCUCAAAAGACAGUUAUUAGAUUUCAUUUACAAGUUAUUGAAGCAAUUGAUUAUGUUGAGGAUAUGCCAUUCAUAACACAUUGUGAGAAAUUAACAAAUACUCGUGGUUCCUCGGUUGGACCAGAGGCACAUUUAACUCAUUUACAAGAUACUAAACCAGUGAUCAGUGAAUAUAAUAGAGAGAGACUAUUAUAUCAUUUAAAUAGGUUAUUGGUUAAACUCGAGAAAUUAGGUUCACAUUUAACUGAAUUAGGUUCACCAUUAUGGGAAGCUUAUUUUGAAGAUUAUAACAAUAGGAUAAAUCAACAAUUGAAAUAUAAUUUACAACAAAAAAAUUUAUUAAUUAAACAACAACAACAAUUGCAACAACAACAGCAACAACAACAAUUACAACAACAACAACAACAACAACAACAGCAACAACAACAACAACAACAACAACAACAACAACAACAACAGCAACAACAACAACAGCAACAACAACAACAACAAUAUUUAUUACAACAACAACAGCAACAACAACAACAACAACAACAACAACAAUUACAACAGCAACAAGAUGGAGAAAUUAAUAAUGGUUUAGAUAAUAAUGAUGGUAUUUUAAGUGAAAAUGGUCUCACUAGUGAGGAUGGUGUUGAAUUGAAAUCAGGUCAAUGGCGUUGUAAUAUAUGUACAUAUAUUAACGAAGAUAUAACAAUGCCAACAUGUUCAAUGUGUGAAACAACAAAUUCAAAUUUAAUUAAUGAUAAUGAUCAAUGGUCAAUACCAGGUUCAAAAUCAAAAUCUUCAAAUAAAAAACUGUCUGUUCAAACAUCUUAUAGCAAACCAUUUGCUGACGAUAAAACUAAAAAAGAUGUAAAAUUAUCAAUUCAACCAGAUCCAACAACUAGUAACCAACAAAAUUCUAAAUUAUCAGUUUUACCAUCAAUUUCACCACCACCACCAAACCAACCACAAGUACAUUCACCACCAUCACCAACUUUACAAUCAAAUAUAAUACAACAAAAUGAACAACCACAACAACAACAAAGUCAACAAUCACAACAAAGUCAACAACAACAAUCACAAACACCAAUUUCCCCAGUUUUGGGAUCAACAACAUCAACUCAUCAAUUACAUCAAAUGCCAAUUUCAUUACAUACAUCAGCACCAGCUAUACCAAUUGCUAAUGGUAAUAGUACACAAUCCAGUUUAUCAUCUUCACAACCAAUUCCAUUUUCUGCAGCAGUAGCAGGUAAUACUUCUCCUUUAUUAAAUGGUAUUAAUGCUACUCAAUUACCUCAACAACCUGCUGAACACUAUGAAGAUGAGUUCCCACCACUUGGUAAUGAAUUCCCUCCAUUAGGUGCAACUCCUUCAAAAUCUACCAAUAUUGCCAAAUCUAAUCUUUCAAAAUCUGGUAAUACCACUGUUCCAAUAAUACAAACUAAACCACUUAAUAAUAAUAAUAAUAAUAAUAAUAUUAAUAUUAAUAAUAAUAACAAUAACAAUAAUAAUAACAAUAAUAACAAUAAUAAUAACACUAGCAAUAAUAGUAACAAUAGCAAUGGUAAUUUAAAUAAUACAAAUGGUAUCAACACCAAUAAUUUAAAUAAUAUAAAUAAUUUGGCCAACAAUACUAUUCCACUUUCACCAAAAAAACCACAAAAUACAAAUAUACCAAACUCUCCAAAAGUAAAACAACAACAACAACAACCACAACAAUCACAACAACAAUUGCAACAACUACAACUACAACAAUUGCAACAACAACAAUUACAACAACAACAACAAUUACAACAACAAUUACAACAACAGCAAUUACAACAAUUACAACAACAACAACAAUUACAACAACAAUUACAACAGCAACAACAACAACAAUUACAACAACAACAAUUACAACAACAAAAUUCAAAUAUAAUACCAUCAGUUAAUACAAAUUAUUAUAAUAUAUUUGCAAAUAAUUGGGAUAGUAAUAGUGGAUCAUCAUCAUCAGCAACCUCAUCAUCAUCAACCUCAUCAUCAAACUCAUCAAACUCAUCGUCAAUGUUAUUUAGUAAGGAAGUAAAUACAUACUCAAGUGAUCCAUUCAAUUGGACACCAAGUUGGAGUAGUUACCUAGAUAAUGAUAAUAGUUCUGUAAAUAUAAACAAUAACAAUAACAAUAACAACAAUAGUAGUAUUCUAGGUAAUAGCGUAUCAUCUUUAUUUGGCACAGAUUUAAAUAUGUUUCAAACUCCAUUUUCAAAUGCAUCCAUUUUUAGUAAUAAUAUAAGCAAUGGUAAUAAUAGUAGCAGUACAGCAGCUGCAUCUACUUCUUCCUCUGCAUCCUCUUCAUCAACUUCUUCUUUCCCAUCAAUGUAUUCAUCUUCAUCAUCCUCCUCAUCAUCAUCAACCCAACAACAACCACCACAACAAAAUAGUAUUUAUUCACAACCAUCUGCAAAUAGUUUGUCAUCAUUACAACAACAAUAUCAUCAACAAGUAUCACAACAACAAUUUCAAUCUUUCCAAAAUUCAAACAAUAAUAAUAAUAACAAUAUAGCGAACAACAACAACAACAAUAAUAAUAAUAAUAACAAUAACAACAAUAAUAAUAUACAGCAACAACAACAACAACAACCAACAACAGCAUCAAUUAUUACAGGUAAUUUAAAUCAUUCGAUCUCAAAUAAUAGUAGUAAUCAAAAUUUCCAAUUACAAUUACAAUUACAAUUACAACAACAACAGCAACAACAACAACAAUUACAAAUUAAUAAACAAUUACAACAAGAACAAUUUGAAAGAGAUAAACAAAGAGCUAGAGAAUUAGUAUUGGAAAAAUAUAAACAUAUUCAACCACCACAACGUCCAUGUUGUUAUUGUGGUGAGGAAUCAAUGUUGGAAUGUUAUAAUUGUGCUAAAACUGGUUAUGCCACUUACUUUUGUUCAAAAGAACAUCAAUCUUUAAUGUGGAAAGAACAUAUGAGAGUUCAUCAAAUUUAUGCUGCUUCAACUGCUCAGACAAAUGGUCCACCAAAGUUAAUCGUAAGUGAAAAUCUAUUAUCACUAAUCUGCAUCUUUAUAAAGAUUCUCGAUAUUGAUUCAAUAGGUGAAGAGACAUCGUUGGAGAGAUGCUAG